AUGGCUGCAUCAAAUGUUACUUUAAUUGCUGAUUUAGAUGUUCUAAGGGAUGAUUUAACAUUCAAACUUCGUGUUAUAAACUUAUGGAACCAGAAAUCAUUCUAUAACAAAGAUGAACUUUACUUAAUUGAAUUGAUCUUAAUAGAUGAACAGGGAAACAAAAUCCAAGCAAAUGUCUCAAGGAAAAACAUCUACAGAUUCAUAGAUAUUCUAAAAGAUGGCCACGCAUUUUACAUAAAAUGUCCAAUCUUUGCAUCAGAAAGGAUGGGUGGUUUGAGGUUAACUCGUCAUCAUUAUAAACUUACUUUUGUCCAUAACACUGUUGUUACUGAGUGUCAUGACUUUUAUGGGCCUACGUUUUGUUUUGAGUUUGUUGAUUAUCAAAGUCUUAUCUCAUUGGUCCAUCCUCCAAACAUAUCAAUUGAUGUUAUUGGAUUAGUGGUUGGAAUUGGUGACAUGUGGCGAGAUAAUGCAGACGUGAACAAACACAGACUCAUCAUCCAAAUUCAAGAUGCAAAUGGUUUGCAACUAUCUGUCACUUUGUUGGGUCAUUAUGCUUACACAAUGCAAAACUUUAUCGAUAACAACGUACACAAUCUUCGUCGUCCCACAGUUAACACGUACUGUUCCGUGACAAAGCUUUUCAUUGACACUGACAUUGAUGAAAUCAAUGUUUUCAAGAAGAGUUUAGAUAGAGAUGAUCCCCCUGAUUUGUCAUCGAAUACACAUACAAUUAUUCCAUCUAAUCAAGUUUGUCAGCAUGAUGAUUUCAAACUUAAGUUUCAGUGCAAGAGUAAUGUUGAUGUUUGUCAACACGGUAAAGAGAUUAUGAAGGUGAAAUUGGAAAACAUUGGGUAA